CAUUCGCUCCAGCUCCUCCACCGAGCGAGUCCGGGUCUUAACACCCGGGCGCUGUCAUCGGCCAGCUCCCGCGUCCAGGCUCGCCUGAGCGCCAGUCCCACCAUGCAGCAAGGCCAGGGCUGGGUGCUGCUGGCAGCUCUUCUCCUCGCUGGGCUGGGUCACUCCACAUCCGAGGCCUUCAAGGUGAACAAGCGCCCCGUGCGGACUCGAACCUGCGCCGACCGGCCGGAGGAGCUGCUGGAACAGCUGUAUGGGAGGCUCACCGCGGGCAUGCUCAGCGCCUUCCACCACACCUUGCAGCUGGAACCGCUGGAGAAAGACCAUAACGUGAGCUGUCCGGCAGGGGGCAGAGCAGCCAGUGAGAAAAAGUACCGCCUCCCUAUCAACCUGCACAGCGUCUCCCCCUGGUCUUACAGAAUUUCCUACGAUCCCACAAGGUAUCCCAAAUACAUUCCUGAAGCGUACUGUCUGUGCAAGGGCUGUCUCACUGGAAUUUACGGCGAGGAGAAUUUCCAUUUCCGCAGCACCCCAGUGUACAUGCCAAUUGUCAUCUUGCGCCGCACUUCAGCUUGUGCUGGGGGUCACUACGUGUACACAGAGGAUUACGUCACUAUCCCUGUGGGGUGCACUUGUGUACCGGAGCAGGAAAAAGAGGCAGACAGUGUCAAUUCCAGCAUAGAUAAGCAAGAAAUGAAGUUGUUGGUAAACCAGAACGACAAGCCAGCAUCUGAAUGAGAAGCAUUCAAGGAACCCUGUGUACAACAUUGGCUUCAAGUUAAUAUUUCACUGAUUCAGGAGAUUAUAUAGCAAUAGGGGGGAAAUAAUUUUGUCUUUCUAACUACAACUGCUGCACUUAUAAGGGGGAGGCUGUGUUCAGUAGAUCGUUACUCAGCCAUGGCAGACAAGACACAUCAAGUAAGAAGGAUCUUUUCAAAGUUCAGCUUCUUUAUGUUUGUAUUGUUUAGAGUUAAACACAAUUUUAUUCUAUCCUUGCUUAUUUUGGAUGAAUUUUUAGUAGGGGCUAUAACCAUGUAACAUGCCAGCUACUUUCAUAACCAACUACUGGUUGCAAAUACUUUACAAUAAUUUUAUAUUCUGCCUUUUGGUAAUUCUAUGUAAAAGUCAUUUAACUACAGCAAAUAUCCCAUGUUAGCAGUAGAAAGGAAGUCAGUAAUUCUGAUUGCUGGGGUCCUCCUGUUACAUUGCAGACUGUAAAACUCCAAGUGAUGUUCUUGGCUGCUACAACCAUAGCUAUUUAGAGUCUACAAAAUGGGAAACCUUUGCCACCCAGUAUUUUUCAACUGUGUUGAAUUGCUAAAGUAAUUCAUAUAAUACUUGAUAAAAGGAGAUUCUCUUAUGAACACAAAAAUGGCCAUACUGGGUCAGACCAAAGGUCCAUCUAGACCAGGAUCUUGUCUUCUGACAGUGGCCAAUGCCUGGUGCCCCAGAGGGAAUGAACAGAUAAUCAUCAAGUGGUCCAUCCUGUCGCUCAUUCCCAGCUUCUGGCAAACAGAGGCUAAGGGCGCCAUUGAUGGCGCUGUCCUCCAUGAACGUAUUUAAUUCUUUUUUGAACCCUGUUUUAAUAAACUGAGUUAAUAGACUCUCUUUAUUAUUGCUAAAUUCUCCAUGCUGCUAUGAGUACAAAACCUACUGAUAAAACAUUGACUAGAACGUUACAAAACUGUAGUAUUAAUUUUUCUGAUAUGGUUUAAAUCUUUUUAGUAAUAAAAAGACACAAAGAGACGGACUCUGGGACACAAGUAUUCUACAUUAUACCCUAUUCCUUGUCAGCCUCUUAAUUGUUAGUCAUGACAGCUGUAUCUUGUAACAUUGCAAGCCUUCUCAUGUUGACAAUAAAUCCCACUGAGGGAAAGUCAAAAGUAAAGAGAACUAAUGAAAUUCAGGUAUUUGUACAAUGUGUGAUAUUGUCUUUCCUGUGCAUUAUCAAUGACUGGCUAACAACCCACGAAAAAUUUAUGAUUAUGUAGUUAGGGGAACAAUUUGUAUAGUGGGGUUGCUGAGAACCAUUAAACCAAACUGUAAACCCUUUAGAUGAUGGACACCACUUCAAGCCAGGGCGUGUGACAGCACCCCCCAGCGUCUCUAGUUCUGGCACCUGUGUAUGUAGUAGCAUUUGGUCUUAUAUCCCCAGCAGGCUACAGUCACUGGAGGGCAGUAAGAUCUCAUAGUUUUGCAGAGGUCUGAUGCUUUAGUUGGUGGUAUCCAUAUGUUGCUAAGACAUCCUAGCUGUUUGAAAGACUGUAUGUCUCCCACUCAAGGGGCCAUGCCUCAGGCUGACUCAGCCAAAUGAAUUCUGUAGCACAGACACACACUGUGUGACCACAGCCACCCAAGGAAGCUGCACUCACCAGUGACAAUGGCACUCUCAGCAGGGAGAGUAAGACAGAGCGUUUUCAGGAGGAGGCUCCUGGCUGUGCAUCUCCAUUACAGAAGAACUGAGGAUGAAUGUACUUGGUAAUAUGUUUGCUGCAUCAACAACCUCAAAAUUAUACUUGGUGCAUGCAGGUGUUCUUUAUAGUAGACAGAGUUUCCAGUGCCUCCAAGAAAGCAAGACACUAUCCAGACCAACAUUCCUUUUCUUGUAUCCCCACAGUACAUGGGGUAGUAGUAGGGCAUAGGAAAGAGCAUGGGCAAAGCAG